AAAACAAUAAGACUCCACCUUUACUGACCACCGAAACCCAAACUUCAUCAAACCCUCAAAAUUUUCAGAAGAGGAAAUGGGUGGAAAGGGAAAGAAGAAGAAACCCCGCCCGAAGAUCAAACAAGUAUGGCGAAGAAAAGACUCAUCGGCAGCAUCCACGUCAUCGCCGCCGCCGCCGCCGUGGGCGGACUUGCCGCGGGAUAUAACGGCGAAUAUAUUGCACCGGCUGGGUGCAAUUGAAAUGCUGGAGACUGCCCAGAAAGUGUGUACAACUUGGCGAAAUGUGUGCAAGGAUCCUGCCAUGUGGCGAGAGAUUGACAUGUAUAAUUUGGGGGAUCUUGGUUCUAUGCCUUAUAACUUGGAAACCAUGUGCCGCCACGCUGUUGACCGGAGCCAGGGCCAGUUGGUUGCUAUAAAUAUUGAGUAUUUUGGUACUGAUGAAUUGCUUGAAUAUAUUGCUGAAAGAUCAGGUCAGCUCAGACGCCUUAAAAUUGCGUGUUGUUAUGGUAUGUGUUACGAAGGUCUGAUUGAAGCUGUUAAAAGAUUUCCUUUGUUAGAAGAGCUGCACCUUAUCUUUACAGAACUGUCGAGUAUUGAAAUAGUCGGUCGCUCUUGCCCUUUGUUGAAAUCAUUCACAUUGAACCGCACUGGGCGUAGACAUCCACGUGAGUGUGAUGAGGAGGCUUUUGCCAUUGCCAAAACCAUGUCUGGGUUGCGCCAUCUUUCGCUUUUUGGAAAUGAGAUGACAAACGAAGGUCUGCAAGCUAUUCUAGAUGGUUGCCCCCACUUGGAAUCACUAGAUGUUCGGCAGUGUUUUAAUGUUUACCUUAGUGGGGAAUUAGGAAAAAGAUGUGCUCAACAAAUUAAAGUUCUGAAGCGCCCCUAUGACUCCACUGAAGGUUAUGGAUGGGAUUCAACAAUAUAUGAUGAUGACUCAUUUGAUGGCUACCCAUCUGGAUUUUCCGAUCUUGAUUUUUUCUCUGAUGAUGAUGAAUUUUAUCUUGAUUAUGAUGACUAUACUCGUUGGGAUCCCGAGGACUCUGACCUUGAAGAGUUGUUUGGAUUCUACUAAUGGAUGGUGAGAAAUGCUUUAAUAUGAAUAUGUCGCAUGUAACUAUUUAAGCUCUCUAGUUUCAAUUUGCUUUUAACAAUUCCCCCGGUUCUGGAAGGCAAUGGCAGGUGAGGGAAAGGGGAUUGAUUACCUAGAUAUUGUUUCUUUUAAUAAGAAUUCACUUUCUACAGAUGUACUUGUAAGAUUUCCAAAACACUGGCAUUUUGAAUGGGCAAGAGCAACUAGUUGUUGUCCAGCUUAAAGUCCGUGCUUUUGGAUAGAUACUCUCUAUACGAGCGAGCUCUGCCCUUACUAUUCCCAAAAGUUAAUUGUGCUUGUAUUUGGGCAAUGACAUCAGAAAUGGCAUUUGUUUGGUGCUUACAGGUUCUUGUCAGCUGGGGCCUGUCAGUCUGCGAUGCCACCCCAUCUACUGAAGCUCUUAGGAAGAAGGUUUCAAAAGGCUGCCUUCUUUUGUACCUUCCUUGGCUUCUCGUUGACUCUGUUGAUAAGCUGUUCGUUUGACUUUUAUUGAGAAGGGGUGCUUUUAUGUAAAUAGCUGUAUUGUGUUGCAUUUUUUUUUUUUGGGCGGAUUUGGGCCAUGCAUUGGAACUGCUUUAAGUUGGAAUCUCACACCUUCCCCAUUUUCGUCAAUCCCUUCAACUCCCAAAUUGUUAAAAAGAACAGUGGCCUGUUUGGGACGUA